UCCCUCAGUGCGUGCAUGUGUGCGCGUGUCCGCCACUGGACGAUCAGACCGGAGUUGCAGCACCGACAGACCUGGAUCGGUACCGGGACUUUGAACUCCUUUUCUUUGGACUGUAGUGAACCGGAAACGUGUCGGGACGGACGCGGAGGGGCUCGAGGCUGCCGACGAUCCUCCGGUGAGACGGUAACGUGAACAGAUCCCGGCGGAGCUGCUGGAAGACUUUUCUCAGUUUGUUGCUGUGGAAACAUCCGCCCGCGUCUUCUUCUUCUUCUUACAUGCAGGAAUGGACGGACCGAACCUCUGAGCAGCUCGUCUGACAGGCUGUGAGACUCCUCGUCAUCAUGUUGUUGUGGUGGCCCUGCCCCUUCCUGCUCCUCCUCUUCCUCCUCGUCCAAUCGGCUGAGUCUUCUCUGUCUGCUGCCAACACCACGGACGAUCUUCAGGAGGUGACUCUGGCGGCCAUCUUGCCUCUGACUAACACAGACUAUGCGUGGGCGUGGCCUCGCGUGGCACCGGCGCUCCACCAGGCGGUGCGACGGGUGAACUCGGACCCCCAGCUAUUGCCGGGCCUGAAGCUCCAGCUGGUUCAUGGCAGCUCUGAGAAUCGUGAUGGCUUCUGCUCGGACUCCAUGGCUCCAAUUGUCGCGGUGGACCUGAAGUUGUCCCACGACCCCUGGGCCUUCAUCGGCCCUGGCUGUGACUACUCCUCCUCGCCUGUCGCCCGCUUCACCACCCACUGGGAGGUUCCUAUGGUGACGGCUGGCGCCCGCGCCAUCGGCUUCGAAGUUUACGCAGCGGUCACCAACACGGGCCCCACCCACAAGAAGCUGGGCGAGUUCGGCAUGAGGAUCCAGGAGACGUUCGGCUGGCGGCAGCACGCCAUGCUGAUCUUCACUGACAACAAGGACGCCAACGACGACCGUCCGUGUUACUUCGCCGUGGAGGGGCUCUACACGCUGUUCGGCAAACGCAACAUCACCAUCCACGACCACGUCAUCGAGCCCGACAACGCCAACUACAGGUCGAUCGUCCAGGAGAUCCGCGACAACGGCAGAGUGGUUUACCUGUGCUGCUCCUGGGACACCUUCAGGACUCUCAUGGUCCAGUUCUGGAUGGAGGGGGUGGAGCUGGAGGACUACGUCUUCUUCUUCAUUGAUCUGUUUGCUGAGGGUUUGGGGGGGCGGGGCCCCGUCAGGCCGUGGUACAGAGGAGACGUGGACGACGAGGCCGCCCACCAAGCCUUCAGGAGUGUGAAGAUCCUGUCUUACCUUCAGCCUCAGACUCCAGAGUAUCUUCAGUUUGUUGAAACUUUGAAGAUCGAUGCGAAGACAAUGUUCAACUUCACCAUCGACGACUCUCUGUACAACCUGAUAGCCGGAGGUUUCUAUGACGGCGUCAUGUUGUACUCUCAGGCUCUGAACGAGUCGCUGAGUGAGCAGAACCUGGGACCUGGACCAGGACUGGGACUGGGAGGUCUCCGGAGGCCCAGAAAGGACGUGGUGACCAAGAGGAUGUGGAACAGGACUUUCCCAGGCGUGAUGGGUUUGGUGGAGAUGGACGAGUUUGGGGACAGACAGGUGGACUUUGCUCUGUGGGACAUGACGGACGUCGAGUCUGGAGAGUUUCAGGUGGUGUGUGUGUAUAACGGCAGUAUGAAAGAGAUGGUCAUGCAGAGUGGGCGGAGCUUCCAGUGGCCAGGUGGUGGUCCUCCUCCGGACAUUCCAGAGUGUGGCUUCAAGAACGACAAACCAUCCUGUCUCGCACGUACAGUUACGAUGAAUCAGAUGGUUGCCAUAGUGAUCUGCUUUGUCUUUGUCAUCAUUGUUACCGUGACUGUUUUCAUCUACAGGAAGUUGAAGCUGGAGAGCGAGCUAGCAGCUCAGCUGUGGAGAGUUUCCUGGGACGACGUACAAAUGUGCAACCUGGAUAAAGUCCUGAGGAGAGCCUGCAGCAGACUCACCAUGUCUUUGAAAGGAUCAAACUGUGGCUCUCUAAUGACCAUGGAGGGAAACUUCCAGAUUUACACCAAAACUGGAUAUUACAAGGGGAACCUGGCAGCCAUCAAGUACAUCAACAAGAAACGUAUCGAACUGACCCGGAAGGUUCUGUUUGAACUGAAACAUAUGCGAGAUGUUCAGAAUGAGCACCUGACUCGCUUCAUUGGCAGCUGCAUCGACCCGCCAAACAUGUGCAUCAUCACAGAGUACUGCCCCAGAGGCAGCCUGCAGGACCUGAUGGAGAGCGACAGCAUCACUCUGGACUGGAUGUUCAGAUACUCUCUCAUCAAUGACAUUGUCAAGGGCAUGUUGUUCCUUCACAACAGUGUCAUCGUUUCCCAUGGCAACCUGAAGUCUUCUAACUGUGUGGUGGACAGUCGCUUUGUCCUGAAGAUCACUGACUACGGCCUGGAGAGUCUCCGGACCAGCAGCUGCCCCGAGGACACACAUGCUUACUACGCACGUAAGCUGUGGACGGCCCCAGAGCUGCUGAGGACAGAGUGUCCUCCUCCAUGUGGGACUCAGAAAGGAGACGUCUACAGCUUUGGUAUCAUCCUGCAGGAAGUGGCUCUGCUGAGAGGAGUCUUCUACAUCGACACACAAACCCUGACUCCUAAAGAGAUUGUUCAGGUGGUGCAGCAGGGUGUGGCCCCCCCCCUCCCGUCACUCUGCUUCCACAGUCACAGUGACCUCGGAGUCCUGAUGCAGCGCUGCUGGAGCGAAGAGCCGAGCGACAGACCCGACUUCAACACCAUCAAGAUCCUGCUCAGGAAACAGCACAGGGGUUAUGGCUCCAACAUCUUGGAUAACCUCCUGUCUCGGAUGGAGCAGUAUGCCAACAACCUGGAGGAGCUGGUGGAGGAGAGAACGCAGGCGUACCACGAGGAGAAACGCAAGGCGGAAGCACUGCUCUACCAAAUACUACCACACUCUGUGGCUGAGCAGCUCAAACGAGGUGAGACGGUUCAGGCUGAAGCUUUCGACUCCGUCACCAUCUACUUCAGUGACAUCAUCGGCUUCACCGCCCUGUCGGCUGAGAGCACGCCACUACAGGUCGUGACCUUGCUGAACGACCUCUACACGUGCUUCGACGCCAUCAUCGACAACUUUGAUGUUUACAAGGUGGAGACCAUCGGCGACGCUUACAUGGUGGUGUCCGGUCUGCCGGUGAGGAACGGGAAGCUGCACGGUCGGGAGGUGGCCCGGAUGUCUCUCGCUCUGCUGGACGCUGUCAAGAGCUUCAGGAUCCGACACCGAGCCAAUCAGCAGCUGCGGCUACGCAUCGGCAUACACAGCGGUCCGGUGUGUGCAGGUGUCGUCGGGCUGAAGAUGCCCAGGUACUGUCUGUUUGGAGACACGGUCAACACAGCGUCACGCAUGGAGUCUAACGGAGAGGCUCUAAAGAUCCACGUGUCGGAGGCAACCCGACAGGUUCUGCAGGAGUUCUGCUGCUUCGAGCUGCAGGUCCGAGGAGAGAUCGAGCUGAAAGGAAAAGGACGCAUGAGGACAUACUGGCUGCUGGGAGAGAAGACGGACUGACCUCCUCCUCUCUGAUUGGACGAUGACCUGUAACAUCAUUAGAAGUGGUCGUAUGGAGAAAUCAGAUGUUCUUCUCCACAUAAACUCUUCAGACAGCUGUACCGACUCCGUGUUCUGGACGUGUUCAGAGGACAUGGACUCUCAGAACCGUUUGUAAAUGCAAGAGCCCAUCACAUUAAACAAACAGGCUUUGACUCUGGAUAUGACAGGUGGUGAGACGGCGCCUCCUAUAGGCCAGCCUGGUUUGAUGUCAUGUGGCCCGGCCCAGUGAAACCAUAAUGAUCUGUAACUAAACAGCCUCUGUGUCAUUAUUACAAUUAAUGCUACCACUUUAUCCAUUUAACUCAGGAUUUAUCUGCAAUUUUUUACACUUGGAUCGGACUUUCACUGUCCGGUUCUGGUCCGUGGGCUGUCCAUCUGUCCUCUGUCCCCCAGUGUCUGUCCAACACUGACACAAAGUGUUUUCAGAUGUUCUUCAUGGUAUUUUAGAGUUUGCCAUUUCCUGAUAAACCAUAAUAAUUUGUUGACGAUGAGGAGUGCUUCCUGUUUGAUCCAGUCUAUGAGUGAUUGUGUCCAGGCCUCACUGAAUCUGCUGUUAGCAUGCUAACAGAACCGGGCUCAGCGACCGGACCGGGUUGGAGCACAGCCUCUGAGACCAGCAGGUAAUAACGUGACAGUACAGAGGUGAUUCACAGACUUUAUGAUGGAAACAUUGAUAAGUAGUGAAGCUCUAACUGUGGUUAGCUCAGUCAGCCGGGAGAUGUAAACACACACUUGCUAUUGGCUGCUGUAAACACCAAUCAACAUCCACAACAAGUCCCACUGACAGGAAGUAAACAGAACUCUACUUCCUGUUUCAGACUUGAAGUACUUUGAUGUUUUGAGUAAAAAUAAAAAAUAUAAUUAGUGAAAAUAACAUGAUUUGCAAUAAAAAGACUAAGACUCAA